AUGAAACGUGUUAAUGAGAUAUUUAGGAAACUGCCAAAGGUGCCCAUGACGAGGUACUUGGAGAACCGGUUGUUGAGCGAGGACAUGUUAUACAACGGGUACAGGCCGAUUCUGUACCCUAUGAGGGAGAAUCCGCUGUUGUGCCACAGCAAUGUGCGGGAGACGCAUUACUAUGGGGAGAGCAGCAAUGAGUUGCAGAAGAAAGAUGAGGAGCCCGUGAACGAGUUGCUGUAUGGGCCCGAAGGCCGCGGUGGUAUAUCCACCAUGGGUGUACGACGUAUGGCUGAUCCCAGUAAAGUCAAGCUGGGUUUGUCAUAUAGCAUUAUGGGGAUGGAGUAUUACCCCGAGUGGGAGAAAGUGCCACGGGAUGUGGUGAAACGGAUAAAGCCAUAUGAAGUUAUGAAAGUGAAAAAGAAUGUGUAA